CCCACCCAACACACACACACACACAAACACAAACACAAACUCUCUCUCUCUAUCUCUAACAAUCCCAAGUCCAAAAGCCACUACCACAUUGGCUUUUUUUGCCUUUUGUUUCUGUGCUUCCUAUGCAAUUGUCUCUGUCUGCUGCUUCUGUUCCCUCUUCACAGUACCUGCAAAUGGGAGAGGAAUCAUACUUUGAAUUUCUUGUUAUUAUUUGAUUUGAUUAAAUAUACUUUUUUUUUUUCUUAUUCUCUUUUCCUCUUUGGUGUGUCCUUCCCAGCAUGUCUUUGUUGAUAUGGUUCCACUCAUACCCAGUUUUUACCUUUGUGGUGUCCCUCCAAAUAUGAUUCCUUUUUCGUGAUUUGACCUCAUUUUUCCAUUUUGUUACAGUUUCCGCUUUCUGGGUUUCCCUUUUUAAAUCCACUUGAUUAAACUCUCUUCAGCCUCCUUUAUCUUCUUUUUUUAUUUUUUUUAAUAUUCUGUUUUGGUUUUUCCAUUUGAGUCCAUUGAGAACCAAACAACACUUGGGGUGUUCAUGGAAAUUGAUCUGAACGAUGCAGUGACUGAGGUUGAGAAGAAUGCAUCUUGUAAUGGGGACUGUGAGAAAGGUGUUUGUGUUUGUGUUUGUUGUUUGUCAUCUCCAACUUGUUCAUCUUCUAGUUCCUCUUCAGCUCGUGUGUCUUCUUCUUAUCUCGAGCUAUGGCAUGCUUGUGCUGGACCCCUCACUUCCCUGCGAAAGAAAGGGAAUGUUGUAGUCUAUUUUCCACAAGGUCACUUAGAACAAGUUGCAUCUUUCUCUCCCUUCUCGCCAAUGGAGAUGCCUACCUAUGAUCUUCAGCCACAGAUCUUUUGCAGAGUUGUCAAUGUCCAACUACUUGCCAAUAAGGAGAAUGAUGAGGUUUAUACACAGGUUACUUUGCUUCCACAGGCUGAGUUUGCAGGGAUGUAUUUGGAGGGUAAAGAGCUUGAGGAAUUGGGAUCAGAUGAAGAAGGAAAUGGAAGAACACCAACAAAAUCAACCCCUCACAUGUUCUGCAAAACGCUUACUGCCUCUGAUACAAGCACUCAUGGGGGAUUCUCUGUGCCUCGUAGAGCUGCUGAAGACUGUUUUCCUCCUUUGGAUUAUAAGCAGCAAAGACCCUCUCAAGAGCUUGUUGCAAAAGACCUGCAUGGUGUGGAAUGGAAAUUUCGCCAUAUUUACAGAGGUCAGCCAAGGCGGCAUCUGCUCACUACUGGCUGGAGUAUUUUUGUUAGCCAAAAGAAUCUUAUAUCUGGCGAUGCAGUGCUCUUUCUAAGGGGUGAAAAUGGAGAAUUGAGAUUGGGAAUCAGAAGAGCUGCUCGACCGAGAAACGGUCUCCCUGAAUCCAUUGUUGGUAACCAGAGUUGUUAUCCCAAUUUCCUUUCUUCUGUGGCUAAUGCUAUAUCCGCAAAAAGCAUGUUUCAUGUUUUCUACAGUCCAAGAGCAAGUCAUGCAGAUUUUGUUGUCCACUACCAAAAAUAUGUCAAAAGCAUCAAGAAUCCAGUGACCAUCGGGACAAGAUUCAAAAUGAAAUUUGAAAUGGAUGAAUCUCCAGAAAGAAGGUCAACUACAGCACAGUGUAGUGGUGGUAUAGUGACUGGAAUGAGUGAUUUGGAUCCCUAUAAAUGGCCUAAAUCUAAAUGGAGGUGCUUGAUGGUCAGAUGGGAUGAAGAUAUUGAGACUAAUCAUGAAGAUAGAGUAUCUCCUUGGGAGAUUGAUCCUUCUGCUUCCCUCCCUCCAUUGAGCAUUCAAUCUUCCCGAAGGCUGAAGAAACUGCGGACAGGUCUGCAGGCGGCCUCACCUAGUCACCCCAUCACUGGGGUGGCAGCAGAAGGCAGUGGGUUUAUGGACUUUGAGGAGUCUGUAAGAUCACCCAAGGUCUUGCAAGGUCAAGAAAAUACAGGUUUUAUGUCACUAUAUUAUGGAUGUGACACAAUAACUAAGCAGCCAGAAUUUGAGAUCAGGUCUACAAGUCAUCCUAAUCUUGCAUCAACUGGACUAAGAAAGAUUACUGCUGCUGAGCUUCUGAGGGUUCACCCUUCUAGUUAUGCAGGCUUCGCGGAAACUAACAGGUUUCCCAAGGUCUUGCAAGGUCAAGAAAUAUGUCCAUUGAGAUCCCUGACAGGAAAGGCUGAUUUAAUAAACCUUGGUUCUUGGGGCAAACCCAAUAUCAGUAGCACAAAUUACAACCUGCAUCAAGCAACCAAACCUAACUUUCACUCUUCAGGACCAGAAGUUCUUCAAACUGCAUAUUUUCCUUAUGGUGAUAUUCACAAACCUGGUCAAGGUAGCAGCUUGUUGUGCUCUAAACCAACUAAUUUCCAACGGGAGAAUUUCCCAUUUAACACACCUUCUACUCAGCCGGGGAUCAUGAGAAAUGAAGUUGGACGGUCAGAUCACACAACCCCAAAUGAGCAGAAGCUACAGGACAAUAUUUCUGGUGCUGCUUCUUUAGGGGCAAACAUGAGGAUUCCAAAUGAUGACACUUUCAAGGGGAAGGUGAAUGCUUGUAAACUAUUUGGUUUUCCCUUGUCCGGGGAAACUACCAACCAAAAUUCACAGAACUCUGCUAAAAGAAGUUGCACAAAGGUCCACAAGCAAGGUAGCUUAGUUGGAAGGGCCAUUGAUCUCUCAAGAUUGAGCAGCUACAAUGACCUGCUGAGUGAACUAGAGAGACUAUUUGGCAUGGAAGGUCUUCUAAGAGAUCCUGAUAAGGGAUGGAGAAUCCUUUACACUGACAGUGAAAAUGACAUUAUGGUUGUUGGGGAUGACCCAUGGCAUGAGUUCAAUGAUGUGGUAUCCAAGAUCCAUAUAUAUACACAAGAAGAAGUGGAUAAGAUGACAAUUGGGAUGAUGAAUGAUGAUACCCAGAGCUGUUUGGAACAGACACCAAUGAUUAUGGAGGCUUCUAAAUCUUCCUCAGUGGGUCAGCCAGAUUCUUCUCCAACAAUAGUUAGAAUCUAGUUUCACGGUUGUCUUAAGUAUUAUGUUGGCCCUGUUUCUAUGCAAUAUCAUCAAUACUAUUUGCAUAUAUGUUGAUGCCAUGAUUGAUUGCUAUCUUUGAACUAGAAACCCUGAAAGAAAAAAAAUUAAAAAAAAUAAAAUUGUCAGCGCUAGGAAGACUAACAGUUGUGCCCUCUAGCCUUGAAAAAUAAGGGCACCAUACUGUCCUGGCACUAUGUAACAAGUC